AGUAGAGGAUCACUAUAUAACCCGCCGUACAAGAAAAGAAAGGAACUGCUCAGAAGCCUCCGGAAAGGGAUGAGCAACUUCGGCAACGGCAAAGGGAAGCCAGUUACCGGAGACGACGACGACGACGAAGAUGAAGGAAACGAGAGAGACCUCGAAGCAUGGGAGAGAGCAUACGCAGACGAGAGGUCCUGGGAAUCAUUACAAGAAGAUGAAUCUGGACUCCUCCGGCCAAUCGAUAACCAAGCUUUACAUCACGCUCAGUAUCGCCGCCGUCUCCGGUCACUCUCCUCGGCUUCCGCCACCUCACGUAUUCAAAAAGGCCUCAUUCGAUAUCUCUACCUGGUCAUCGAUCUCUCUCGGGCAGCUGGAGAGAUGGAUUUACGACCAAGUAGAAUGGUGGUGGUUGCUAAACAAGUAGAAGCUUUCAUAAGGGAAUUCUUUGAUCAAAAUCCAUUAAGUCAAAUUGGCUUAAUAUCUAUAAGAAAUGGAGUUGCUCAAUGUUUAACUGACCUAGGUGGAAGCCCUGAGUCUCAUAUAAAGGUCUUAAUGGGAAAACUCGAGUGUGCAGGUGAAGCUUCUCUACAGAAUGCUUUGGAACUUGUACAUGAACAGCUUGAUCAAAUCCCAUCAUAUGGUCAUCGUGAAGUUAUCAUUUUAUAUUCAGCUCUAAGUACUUGUGAUCCAGGAGAUGUAAUGGAGACUAUUCAGAAAUGUAAAAACUCCAAGAUUAGGUGUUCAGUUAUUGGUCUCUCUGCAGAACUUUAUAUAUGCAAGUAUUUAUGCCAAGAAACUGGAGGGUUAUAUUCUGUUGCUUUAGAUGAGGCACAUUUAAAAGAGCUAAUUCUAGAGCAUGCACCACCACCUCCCGCCAUAGCUGAAUUUGCUAUAGCCAAUUUAAUAAAAAUGGGAUUCCCACAAAGGGCAGCAGAAGGUGUUAUCUCCAUAUGUUCAUGUCAUAAAGAAGCUAAAUUUGGUGGAGGGUAUACUUGUCCAAGGUGUAAAGCUCGUGUUUGUGAGUUGCCUACUGAAUGUCGUAUUUGUGGGUUAACCCUUGUUUCAUCUCCUCAUUUAGCAAGAUCUUAUCACCAUUUAUUUCCGGUUACGCCCUUUGAUGACGUGGCACCUUUGUUUGUACCCAAUCAUCGUAGGCCAAAAACUUGUUUUGGUUGCCAGCAAAGUCUUUUGAAUCCUGGGAACAUUCCGGGCAGAUGUGUGACCUGCCCGAAAUGCAAACAGUUCUUUUGUCUUGACUGUGACAUAUAUAUUCAUGAGAGUUUGCACAACUGCCCGGGUUGUGAGGGCUUAAGAGACUCCAAGUCACUUUCUUAGUUCUUUUUUUUUGAGACAUUUUUACCCUUAGAAGCCCACAAAGAGAGAGAUAAAAUUGUCAUGUUUAUUGGAGGGCAAAAGGGGGCAUCAAACUUGUGUUUCUAUAUAUCAUGUAACUUUGAAGCAUGGUUUUUAGAUAGGAUUUUAUCUAUAUUGUGUACCCUUUAGCUUAAAAAAAAUAUGAUUUUUGAUAGGAUUUUAUUUUUUUGUUUAAUCUUAUUUGGCUGAGAGAUGUUGCCAAGUUCAUAUAGAUAUAUGGUUUCUUUUUGACUGAA